GUUUAGUUCUGUGACCGCCAACACCGAAAUAAAAUCUAACCCAGAAUGACCCUCUCCGAGCAAUUCAACGCCGCCGCCGAGAAGGUGAAGACCCUGACCAAGCGUCCCAGCGACGACGAGUUCCUGGAGCUGUACGCCCUCUUCAAGCAGGCCAGCGUGGGUGACAACGACACCGCCAAGCCCGGUCUGCUCGACCUCAAGGGCAAGGCCAAGUGGGAGGCCUGGAACAAGCAGAAGGGCAAGAGCAGCGAGGCUGCCCAGCAGGAGUACGUGACCUUCGUGGAGGGCCUGGUGGCCAAGUAUGCCUAAGCUCUCAACCAAAGCAUCGAUCCUAAACCAGAGACUAAAACCCUUAAUGUAACAAACAGACAACUUAUAAUGCGAAAUAAACUUUGAAUGUAAAUUUUGUAAAAAAAA